AUCCAUGAAACAGUGGAAUUUACAUGUAGGUUAUUCUUCAAGCAAGAAAAUAAGUACUGACGCCGACAAUGUACAAUUUCUGGACAAAAUCAGUGAUCAAUCGAGUUUUUUUGCUAUAAUUCUGCCUGUCAUCAGACUAACACAUUAUAUACAGAAACAAAUCAUGUUUAGCUUCCAAUAAAAUGUAAAUAUACAUACCUUCAAAGCAAAUCAGUCACUUUAAAAUGCUGUUUUUCAACUUUUAGCUGUCAGUUUGUUGUUUUGAUCACUCGCAAGAGGAAGAGCGGGAAUACAGUGGUUUAUAGGGUGUGAGUCAUGGCAUUUUGUUAUCUUAAGCACUUGUUUACCGUCCACGUUUACAAAUUUGUACAAAUGUAUUUAUGACUUUUAUCGAUUGGAUAAAAGGUUUUGUUAAUAAGAUUUUCCAUGCAGGCAACACUCUGAAAAAAGUACAAAUGGCAACGGUAGACGAAGAUAUAUUCAUAUGUCCCAUAUGUAUGGACAUUUUUGAGAACCCUAAAAUGUUACCUUGCCAACACAGUUUCUGCAAGAACUGCCUUGUAUCCUUUAUUCAAAAGAAAAGAGAAUGUGUUAUUGGAAAAUUACAAUCGUUUUAUUGUCCUUUAUGUAGACAUGAAGUUAUGUUAGAGAACAAGAAUGACGAUGAAGAUUCAUUUCCAACAAACUACCUGCUUAGCACUUUGUUGGAGUAUCGCAGAGGAGAUAUCUAUAUACCAUUCAAUGUUACCAAGCACAUGUCUGAAAAACAAACACAAACGGUAAAUAAAAAAGAAGGAAAAAGGACCCGCACAAUUGGAACGCAGAUAAAACGAUGUAAAACUACCAAUAAAGGAAUACAAGCAAAUCGCAAUGGAACUAGCGUACAGAAUAAAAGAAUACAAACUCUUGAAGCAAGGUUGAACGAUACCAUAAACAUGGAAACACAGACGAUAGAAGCAAUUAACAGUGACGAAGAAAACAUAUUUAUUAAUCAAAACAUGAUUAACCAAAGUACAACAGAAAAUAAUACUUUCAACUGCUCAGGGCAAACGCUCAACGAAACUUCAGAUUUGACAGAAAUACAGAUGACAAGACAGACGUGCAGCAAUAUUGUGACUUACCCAGAAUCUGCGGUUAUUAAGCAACCAGGCUAUUACCUUCAUUUCGUAAUAGCCUUGGCUUUUCUUCUGCUUUCAGUGUUUGCGUCCCGUCAAACUGACUUUGACACGACCGACAUACAUUCUAAGAUGGAAGAGUUGAUUGAGAAAAUAAAACAAUUGUAUCUUUCACACAUUUCUAAGGAAAAUUCCGCUUCAUCUGGACGCAGCAGGAAUGUGAAUGAUUCAACUAGUGAAACCGAAAGCGCUUUCCUCUUUUUACUUUGUGUACUUAUGUGUUAUGGGUUGCUUCUAUAUGUUGCAGUUUUGACAAUCCAGAAACUGCCGUAUCGGCCUGCUGUCAGUGAGAGACGGUGGCUAAGACAACAAAAGAGACGUCAGCGUCGUUCAAAACAUAUAUCAGUUUGAAAGAUAAUAAUAUAAAUUUAGUUACAAAUGCUGGUAUAAAUUGGUAAGUAAUUAAAUAAUUCAUGGAGAUUAUAUUUAUCUCUGUAUUUUAUUGAAGGGUUGUGUCUGUUUGUUUUUAUUCUUUAUAGUGCUUAAAGGAAAAAAAAACUAUAAUGUAAUAAUAGUAGCUACAGCUAUCUAUAAAUGAUUGCUUGUUAUAACUAUGUACAUUGCAGCAUUGCUAUUAAGACUAUUUUAGUAUGUUUGACCACCAUUUUAUAACAUUUAAGAAAAAUUUGUAUAGCCUAAGUAUGAAUUCAUUCUGAUAAUAUUAAGGCUAUUGAGUUAUCUAUUAUUUAAACAUUUUCCAGACUGCCAUAAACAUUAUAAUAUGCUAAAUGCAUCCACGAAAUGUAAUACUAUGCUAAGUUUUUUGUUUUUGUUGUUGUCUUUUUUACCAUUAAUAUGUUUGAUUCGUUAUAUUGCUAUGUUCAUCUACCACAGUCAUAAUAGAAUUAUCAUUAUGCUAUAUUAGAAACAUGAUAUGCUAUGUUUGAUAGAUCUUAAUGCUUGGUUUGAUAGAUCUGAUCACACUAUUUUUAUGCAUGAAUUAUUACCAUGCUGUAUCUAUUUAUAGUAUAAAUGCUUCAAAAAUUAUUAUGCUAUAUUAGAUCUUUGCAUUUAUGCUAAGAAUUAAUUGUAAUUAUAUUUAUAUAAAGUUUAAGUACCGAGGGCACACAAAUACUGACCUACCAUAUUUAAUAUGUAUAAACAGUUUGCACUGGUAUUGCUCUUAAUUUUCGUUUCGUUUAAGAGUUGUUACAUUUGCAGACAAACAAUUUCUACUCAGUACUGUACUUCCAUAAAAUAUGCUCUUUAAAUUACUAAGAGCAUAUUGAAUAAUAUGGCACUGUACUUGACAAUCAACUGUACUGCACAGGGCAUCACCUUAUUAAGCAAGUUUAACAAAUAUAUCAGAUGUCCAUGAAAUAGCCUAAAUAUAUCAAAUGCAACGGUUAAAGUACAAAUCUUCACCAUUGGUUACCAACUGGGUUUAAUUUUUUAUUUGAAUCAUAUGUAUAUUUUAAGUAUGUUAGUUUCUUAUCUUAAAGGUCUAAAAUGCUCACAAAUUAGCUGCCACAACCAUGACUCUUGUACCCAACGUCUAAACCAGCAUAUAGAACAAGAAUCUUACAUUCACGUUUUUGCUUGCACUUUUUUAAAAAUUACUCUUAAAAAGCCUAUAUCAUUACAUGUUUCUUAAAUAACGUAAUAAGAUCAUUUUAAGUGUUUAUCUCUUUAAUUCCUCACGUGUAAUCCCGUUAUGAAUAAAUGGUUAUCCCGUUACGAAUAAAUGGUCAAGCAAGCACAUGUGUCUACUUCAAUUACACUUAGCGACACGCUUCUCUGAAUGACAUAAUCUGACCUAUUUUUAACCUUGUAAUAUCUAUAAAUAGUUUCCUCAAGUAGAACAAUGUCAAUGUGUUGCCCUCGUAUUUGCGUGACUAUAUGUAAUGUUUUCUUUGAAAUCUUGUAUUUAUCUCGUGUUUUGUAUGUAUUCAAACUGAGAACUUAUUGAAUAAAACUUGGUCUUUUUAAGGUUAUACUUUUUUUCAGCAUUGUUUUCACAAGUGUUAUAAAUUAUCUUAAUCAAUGCGUGAUUGAAAUAGGAAAUAUUCAUGGCAAAAUUCAGUUUGGAUCGCACUAAGGCAGAAAAAUGGAAACAUUAUUUUCCACUCAGUAAUGCUACGAAUUUAAAAUUCAAAGAUAACUUUAAUCAUUGUCCUGUUUUAUUUUUACAUGAAGUGGCAUGCUAUUUGUUUUUAAAAUGUUCCCUAGUUGGAUGCUCAUUCUUAUGCGCCGUAUGUUUGUUAUUUAACCCUUUAUUUUUAGGAAUCUACCUCGACAACACAUUUUCGAGGUGGUAUUCACCGACUUGACAAAGGUUUUAUUUCUAUACCCCAUUUGUAUUGUGUGUCUCUAUCAGAUUCACUCAAUUUCGUUCUAGUAUUCAGGAAACGAGUUGUCAAAGCCUGUCAAAGCCUGUCUUGAUAGCCUGGGUUAAUACUUAAUUUAUGAAUGUUAUAUGCAUUUCUGUAUUUCAUUGUAAAGUUGUCUGUUUUCGCUGUUUUGUUUUUAAAGUGGUUAUUUAAAGUGAUUGUUUUUUUUUUCAGAUUUUUUUCACGUUUUUUUCUGAUUAUUCCAAUGUAAGUUUAAUUACAUAACCAUGUUUAUUUCAGUUCAAGUCAGAAUCAUAUAUCUUCACAAUGUUUUGUUACGAAGUUUAUCAUACUGCUAAGAUAAAAGAAACUCCUUGCAUUAUGUGUAAUGAUAAAAUCUAUGUUGAUUUCUGAUAAUUUCCACUUUUCAAACAAGUGAAACAAUUUUAGCCAAGUUAGUCAUAGAUAAUUGAUAGAUAGUGGUGGCCAAAAGAGAGAGGUUAGUUGCAAUCUUCAGUAAAAUGUAACAAAUGAGCCGCGUCAUGAGAAAACCAACAUAGUGGGUUUGCGACCAGCAUGGAUCCGGACCAGCCUGCGCAUACGCGCAGUCUGACCAGGACCCAUGCUGUUCGCUUUCAAAGCCUAUAGUAAUUAGAGACACUGUUAGCGAAUAGCAUGGAUCCUGACCAGACUGCGCGGAUGCGCAGGCUGGUCUGGAUCCAUUCUGGUCGCAAACCCACUAUGUUGGUUUUCUCAUGGCGCGGCUCAAAUGCCAUACUUUUCAGUAAGGCUUUCAAGCCGCUUCCGAACAACCUAUUCUGCAUUGUAACGGGAGAUAUUUAUUAACGUUAUCGUUAUUCUAUUCAUUGCCUGCUCUUAAUUUAUUGAUCCAAAAUUUUGUUUCUUUGUAUUUCUUGCCUUAAAUGUUUCCGUUGGUUAUGUGUUGAGCUUUCUUUUGAUGAAAUAAAUUUGCUUUUCUUA